AUGUGGUGCUCAUCACCGUCGACGAAAGCCGGAUCAAAUCUGGAGAGGCUUCUUGGAGGUAUCACUCCAAAGCCCCCUUCUUUCUCUCUAUCACAGAGUUGCGAGAGUGAUUUGAAUAGUUUAUGGAUACAAGAGAGCAAAGUUGAAUCUGAAUAUUUCAAGCUUAGUGAUAUGUGGGAAUGGUUUGGUGAGAUAAGUGCUUAUGGACUUGGAUCAAAGGUCGUUUUGAACAAUGGCGAAUAUGUUACGCAAUACUAUGUUCCAUAUCUCUCAGCCAUUCAAACCUAUACUAGCAAAUCUCCAGCCAUUUCCAGGAAUCAGAGUGAGGUGGUUGAUUUUGAGAGUGAAUGUUGGAGUGACGACAGUGAGAUUGAGAAGUUGUCAAGGUCAACGAGCAGUGGUUCUUCUAGCAAAGUAUGGGAUUCCGUUUCUGAUAAUUCAGUUUAUGAACUCGAUAGCAUUUCACCGUCGAUGCGAGAUAAGCUUGGUUACCUUGAGUUCCAGUACUUUGAGUCAGCUAAACCACACUUGAGGGUUCCUCUUACCAUCAAGGUUAAUGAAUUAGCGGAGAAGUAUCCACGACUCUUGACGCUAAGGAGUGUUGAUUUGUCUCCAGCAAGUUGGAUGGCCAUUGCUUGGUACCCUAUAUACCAUAUUCCAUCUAGGAAGACCGAUAAAGACUUGUCAACAUGUUUCUUGAGUUACCAUACACUGUCUUCGGCCUUACAAGGUAAUUUGGCUGAGGGAGAUAAUGAGAAUAACAAAACCCCGGAAGAAGAAACAUUGCAUUGUGAUAAUGAACCAGUGGUGAUCAAGAGACUUCCUUUGGCUCCAUUUGGUUUAGUUACUUACAAAUCGCAUGGAGGUUUGUGGGGGAAUCAAGAAUCUUGUGAUCAAGAACGGCUAGUUUAUCUUGGAAAUGCAGCGGAAUCAUGGCUGAAGCAGCUUAACAUACAUGAUCACCAUGACUACAACUUUUUCUCUGUGAACAAGAGUUUGUAG